AACCUGGCAUUGGUUUUCUUCGUAUUGCUUUCGGAAGCCACAAGCGCACGCUAAGCCCGCUCAUCCAAGAGCCCUUUUCACUUCUUUCGUUAGCUCACUCAUCAAAACUCUCGUCUGCCAUUCAUCACCAUCUUGACUAGUUCGUUCAGGCUCCCAUACUUAUCACAUCAGCAAACUUAUCCACGACCACGCGCCAACCCAACUCGUCGAUCCACAGCCGUUCUCUAACCUGUGAACUCGUCUCACCAUGACUACCUUUCGUCCUGUCGAGGAGCUCCUUGCCGAGUAUGAGAUGCACGAGGAGCUCGGAACCGGAAAAUUCGGGAUGAUCAGGCGAUGCACGCAUCGCGCGACGGGAAAAGAUUUCGCGUGCAAGCGCGUCUCGGGGCAGCCGGACGCUCUGCGAGCCGCGGCCAACGAGAUCCGCGCUCUUUCCGUCAUGGCCGGAUGCAGACACGUCAUCUCCUUCCAUGCCGUCUUCCGUAACCCUAAAUCCAACGCCCUGUACAUGAUCAUGGAUCUCGCUACUAACGGGGAUCUUCUGGGGCUCGUGCAAGAGCACGGCGUUUUGCCGGAGUGGGAAGCGCGGCAGCUCUUCAGGGGUUUGGCGGAAGGAGUGAAGGAGUGCCACGAUCGCAACGUCAUGCAUCGCGAUAUCAAACCGGACAACGUGCUUCUCUUCCCGCGAACGGCCGCCUCGGAUGAUGCCGCUGCAUCCCCGCUACAAGAAGCUCCGAAAUCCCUUUACAACCCCCCUCAGUCGCCCUCGUCAAAUACACCCUGCUGGAUUUCCCAAGCAUAUGCGACGGGUGAUCCAACCCAAUACGACUUUGCUGGGCCGAGCAACCCUCCCUCUCCCACCGGCCCGCUGUCUCCCAACGUUCCUCCAUCGCCGCGACAACCCGGCCAGGACCGGUUUGUUCUGCCACAAGCCGACGCGCGGGAAACAGAACUGGUUGCGAAGCUCGCGGAUUUCGGGAGCUCGGUGGUCGUGAAGCAGUGGCAACGCACUCAGGGAUUUGUGGGGAGUGUUCCGUAUGCUGCACCGGAGGUUUUGGCGGGAAAGAAUUACUCAUUUUCGGCUGACGUGUGGAGUCUUGGCGCGACGCUCUUUGCGAUGCUCUCCGGCAGUUGGCCCACGGUGAUCAACGGUCGACAUUCGUCUAAGGACUGGGAGAUGGCAUGCUGGAUGUCCGUGUCUUACCGGGCGAAGACUCUCAUCGGUCGGAUGCUGUUCGCGGACACAAAUCGACGGCCGACGAUCGACGAAGUACUGGCAGAUCCAUGGCUUUGUAGCUGCCCUACCCAGCGUCUGUCGUUUCGUGAAGAAGCACGGCUUGCCGCCAUGGCCCUAGGCGUUUCUAGUAGCUCUACUACUACGAAUGCUAGUGGUGGUGGCUCAUCCCACCAAUCCCAAGGUCAUACUGCUGCACGAAUGAUGCUGCCUCUUCCACAGCCUCGCUCAACCCUGGCCUCACGGCUGCUCCCUCAGCGAUGGUUGCGAACUCACGACCUCCAAUAACAAUGUAACCACCUCAUUUUUUUGCAACAGUUUCUCCAUCUUCCGUCGCUGGAAAACGCUGGGUGCUAGAAUGGAAAUAUUAAUCCA